AUGACCAUCAUCUACUCCGACGGGGAUUAUCAGCUCCAUCGCACCAUCAGAACAGCCCCCGCCGAGCAUCUCCGGCGCGUGUUGACUGAAUUAUGCGCGACCAAUUUUGAGGCGAGGAGCCUCAUUGCCUCCGAAUUGUUAGUGCCCGAGGACAGAAUACCUGUUCCCACCAGCGACGACGACCGCUCAAUCAAAAGUGAUGGCAACGUGGACGAUGACGAGGACGGGGAUAGCAAUGCUGAAGAUGGUGAUGAUGACGAUGGUGAAGAUUCCAGCAAUGAAUCGCAAAUCUCUGGGGCAAAUAACAAGAGGAAGCGAGAAGACUCUACCUCGAUCGCAGAUCUCGAUAACCCCCAGAAACGAUUCAAGCCUCGCUACGCGUACUGCAGCAAUUGUGAACGGGAAUACGAUGUGGCCGAGAACACAAGAAUGAGCUGUCACUGGCAUAAGGAACCACGUGGCGAGCCCGACUACGAUAACCACUUUGUUGACGUUGACGAGCUCAAGAUUUACCACAUUGAUAGUGAUAAAUACCGCGAGGAACACCCAGAGGGAUUCAUCCUUGAGUGCUGCGGUAGGAAUACGCUCGAGCCUUGUCGAAUGGGAUUCCACCGAUCGGAAUAG